AUGGUGCGUAAAGCGUUAAUAGUACCGAGUAUAAUCAUGUGGGCGGCAGCGGCGCUGGCGCUGUGGGCGGCCGGCGUGGGCGCCGCGCGCUACGACAGCGCUACGCCGCACACCCCGCCCUACACCAAAUACAAAUACAUACCUUUGCGAUCUUCAUACGACCGCUACGACCCCGACGAGUUAACUUCGUCUCCACCCGCGGAUCCCCCGCGCGGCACCGUGGUCAACUCGGGCGGCACCGUGGUCAACCCGGGCGGUACCGUGGUCAACCCGGGCGGCACCGUAAUCAACUCGGGCGGCAUGGCGCCCUCGGAGUUUAUCUUGACGGCACUACGCACUGCUCUGGAUGUUGUGCGCAAUAUUAACAAGCAGCGCGCGCUUGCUAAGCCCAAAAACAACACGGCUCUAAUGCAACGGCGGAGAAGAGUAAAUGUGACAUCGAGUGAGAGCGGACGUGGCUUCGAAGACUACUACGACGAGUUUCACCACGACGAGACAACCACCACCACCACCCCCAAGCCCAUGAAGCAGGGCCGCUACACCGACCCCUGGGCCGGCUAUUACGACUGGAUCAUCAACGAGGGCUCCUUCAAGUUCUGGAGUGUCUUCCAGCUGUUCACUGCUGCUCUUCUAUUGUACGCGUGCUUCUCCGCCAUUUACUAUGCGAAAUUCAACCCUAUUAUUCCGGACUACGACCAUGAAUACGAUGACUAUUUCCUGGAGAGGACAGUAGGAAGACAAGCCAGAAGUUUGGAUUCGAUGGAGACUUGGGAGCUACCCUCUGGACUAAGUUGGAUAAAUCCAAGGACCUUCCAGUUUAUCUUAGAUGCCAUUUCAACACAUUAUGAGCAAGAAUAA